CAGACCAAGUGUCUUGGUUUUGUUUUGGUUGUCGUCUCGUCAUCAUUGCUACUUAGAAGGAAUUCUGCAAAAUUCUGCGUUUGCGUCGACAUCGUGACCUUCGCUGCGCCACAACCAUUGCCAGUGUCAGCAGCGCAUAAAUAAAAUCAAUGGAAGACUUAACCCCAUUGACCAAUCUUCAACAGUUUUAGUUGAAUGUUUUUAUGUUUUCUUAACUGCCAACACAAGCAACGCGACCACUGCCCGCAUAUAUCCAAUUACAACAAUAUCUUAUCUACAAUUUUUAUUUAUCGCCGAUCCCGCAAAGCGCAAGCCGAAGAUGUCCGAACGACAACCGUUGCUGCUGCAAAGCGACGCCUCCGAUUAUGAGGGCAAUCGCGGCGGAAGCGAUUUAAUCCGGCCACCGGUACGCAGCUCACCGCCGGACAGUACGCUGGUCAAUGUGCACAGCGAAGACAGCAUCGCAGUGCACGCCGCAGCCGCUGGCGGCGAUGAUGACGAGCAGAGCAGCCAAACGGGCGAGGAGCACAGCAAAUCGAUCUACAAUCCCACACAUCAUCGCACACUGGAGCAUCCCACAUCGAAUUUCGAUACGUUGGUGCAUCUGCUGAAAGGCAACAUUGGCACCGGCAUAUUGGCCAUGCCGGAGGCGUUCAAGAACGCGGGUCUCUAUGUGGGCCUCUUUGGCACGCUGAUAAUGGGCGCUAUUUGCACGCACUGUAUGCACAUGCUGGUCAACUGCUCGCAUGAGCUUUGCCGGCGACUGCAGCAACCGUCUUUGGACUUUUCGGAGGUGGCCUUUUGUAGCUUUGAGACGGGUCCAUUGGGCCUCAGACGUCACUCGCAUUUGGCGCGACGUGUUGUCACCACAUUUCUGUUCAUCACACAGAUUGGCUUUUGCUGCGUUUACUUUCUGUUUGUGGCACUAAAUAUCAAGGAUGUGAUGGAUCAUUAUUUCAAGAUGGAUGUACGCAUCUAUUUGCUGUUGAUGCUGUUGCCCAUGGUGCUGUUGAAUCUGGUGCGCAACUUAAAGUACCUGACGCCCGUCUCUUUGAUUGCGGCUGUGCUGACCGUGGCUGGCUUGGCCAUUAGCUUCUCCUAUAUGCUGCACGAUUUGCCUGAUACGCAUACGGUCAAGCCAGUUGCCACCUGGGCCACUUUACCGCUAUAUUUUGGCACAGCCAUCUAUGCGUUUGAGGGCAUUGGCGUUGUGCUACCGUUGGAGAAUAAUAUGCGCACACCCGAGGAUUUUGGUGGCAGCACAGGUGUCCUCAACACGGGCAUGGUCAUUGUCGCCUGCCUGUACACCUCCGUUGGUUUCUUUGGCUAUCUAAAGUAUGGCGAGGCUGUUAAGGGCAGCAUUACGCUCAAUUUGCCGCAGGGCGAUUUUCUAUCGCAGCUGGUACGGAUUUCCAUGGCCGUGGCUAUAUUUCUGUCCUACACCCUGCAAUUCUAUGUGCCCGUCAACAUGGUGGAGCCCUUUGUGCGCAGCCAUUUUGAUACAACGCGUGCCAAGGAUCUGGCGGCUACGGUGCUACGCACGGUUAUGGUCACAUUUACCUUUAUAUUGGCCGCCGUUAUACCAAAUCUGGGCUCGAUUAUCUCGCUUGUUGGUGCCGUCAGCAGCUCCGCUUUGGCGCUCAUUGCGCCGCCCAUUAUUGAGAUUAUAACAUACUAUAAUGUGGGCUAUGGCCGCUAUAACUGGAUGCUUUGGAAGGAUUUUCUAAUAUUAAUAUUUGGGCUGUGCGGUUUCGUUUUUGGCACUUGGGCGAGCUUGGCACAAAUUCUGAAUCCGAGCAUAGAUUAAGUGCAUCCAGACUCCAGCAGCUCCUCCAAUAUUUAAUGAUCGUGUGCGAAUUUAUGACGAAGGCUUUACUGUAGUCUUUUUACUACAACUCUACGAUAAGUUUUUGUUUUUGAUUUAGAUAGAUAUAUUUUUAUUUGUGUUUAGUUUGAACGUUUAGUUUGCUUUUGUUGCCCAAGCACCCAAAGACGUUGACGUUAACAGGUGCUUCAUUUUGAAUCGAUUUUGUGUUAGUAAUCUUAAUAUGUUAGUCGAUUUUAUUUAUUUUAAUUAAGCGCAAAUAAUUCGUUUAGUACCAGACAAUAAUUAGCAUUUGUAAUUGUGGUUUUAUGUCUUUUUAUUUUGUUUUUUGUAUUGUCUCAUGUAAAGUUACUUUUGUUAAGGUAAAGUUUUCUUCUUUCUGUACAUUUUUAAUCGAGUAUCGCACAAUGCCAAAAGUGAUUUCGUAUAGUAUUCCUAAACAAUGUUUGUUUAGUUUUAACUGUUUACUGUUUUAGAUUAAGGUCAGCGCCGCUCAUUCCAAUUGCCAAUGGCCGCAACAAAUUGUGUUUGAAAAUAUAUAACUACGUAUAGCUUAAUUAAUUUAUGUGUGUGAUUUCAGACGACAUUAUACUCUAUACCAUUUAGUAGAUAUAUUUAUAUAUAUCUAGCGAAUAUAUUAUACAUACAAUAACUAUAUAUAUAACACACACACACACACAACACACGUACAGCAGCUACAUAUGCUGUGAAAUAUGUCUAGUUGUGAGGAACACUCUAAUAUAUAGUUCUCACAGUUCUUGAUAAUUGCUGGACACAUUUCACACUAUAUGUUGAGUAUACGUACAUCAAUAUAUAAGUACAUAUAUGACAGAGAUUUGCUUUUUCAAACUCUGUAAUUUAUGACAACAACAAAAUCUGUAAUUUCAUUACAAUUUUCAAACAGUAACUAAAGACAAUAAAUAAUUGCGUUUAAAGUUUGUAAAAAUCCAUUA